UAAACCCCACCGAAGAAGAACACGUGACGUUCUGCGCAUGCGGGGUCAGAGUUGACAGUGGAGGAGUGCGGUAGCUAAGCUAACAGUUAGCAACAUACAUGUGGAGGGUACGACAGGAGGAAACACCAACUCUGUCAAAAUUCCUCUACCCGAACUGUAAACUACUCAGAACUUCAACCACAUUGAAACUAAAGAAUAACAGUAGUUUACAAUGAAAGGUAGCCGGAUAGAGCUGGGGGAUGUUACGCCCCACAACAUCAAACAGUUGAAACGCCUCAACCAGGUCAUCUUUCCCGUCAGCUACAAUGACAAGUUCUACAAGGACGUGCUCGAAGUGGGAGAGCUCGCCAAGCUAGCAUACUUCAAUGACAUUGCAGUGGGGGCAGUGUGCUGCAGAGUGGACCACUCUCAGAACCAGAAGAGACUGUAUAUCAUGACACUGGGCUGCCUAGCGCCCUACCGCAGGUUAGGCAUAGGAACAAAGAUGCUGAACCAUGUGUUAAACAUCUGCGAGAAGGAUGGCACCUUUGACAACAUUUACCUUCACGUGCAGAUCAGCAACGAGUCGGCCAUCGACUUCUACCAGAAGUUUGGCUUUGAGAUCAUCGAGACGAAAAAGAACUACUACAAGAGGAUAGAGCCUGCAGACGCCCACGUGCUUCAGAAGAGCCUGCGCAGCCCGUGUGCGCCCCCUGGGGAAGAGCUGCAGAAGACCGAGUAGGGGCUGCAGCCUCUGGAAAGAGCAUGGUCGUGCCCCCCUCCCCCAGAAACAGAACUGUGACAGAUGCUUAUGGGUCGACACAUUCACCACUUUCUUCAAAGGAUGUUAAAAAGAAAAACAAAAAAUCUAAGUUUAAAAAAACAAAACAUGGCAUUUUUAUUUAGCAAAAAAAGUCCCAAUAAAAGAUUUUUAAAAACUAAUCUAUGGGUUCAGAAUCCAAGAGUUCUCAGAAAAGCUGCAGACUUAGGACAGUUUAGAAAUGUUGGGGGGGGUUCUGUGUUUGCCAAUCAUACUUUUUGUGUUUGAGUUUUUAAAAGCGGUUAUAAAGGUAAGGGGACAUAUCUUUGGUGUCUGGACAAAAAAAAACAAUAGAACUGAAUAGGAAAAAAAUGUACGGUAAGAGACUAUCGUUGACGAAGGAAGUUCCCAACUGGCAACAUUAUUGAUGCUUUGAGUCGUCAUGGUGACUCCUUCAUAACACUGAACUCCAGCCCAUCACCACCCAAGCCCAGGAACUUAUGGGAAGUUUUUACUGGUGGGUGAGACUUCCUGUUUCUUCUUCUGGCAAUAUGCGAAGUGUGAGCCUUGCAUAGGGGAUGCAGUUCUUCUUCGUGACGUCAAAGCUCUGACGCCACUCCGGAGGGGGAAAGGAGAAAUGAGAGCCCUCGUAGAAUGGGCAUGAGGCUUGAUGAACAGUUUCAAGGUGGGAACAUUUGGGGAAGUGGAUUCUCCUUUUGUUUCUGAAUGGUUGUUUCUCAACCCAUCUUUAAUUCUCUCUUCAGCUCUUUUUUUUUUCUUAAAUGCCAACUGGCUCAGGGCUUCUCCUGGGCUUGCCACAGAUGCUGUGUGAGAGUGUUCAGGAAACCCUCAGAGUUCGGGGUGUGAGAUGGGCAAAGAUGUAUGAGAUCAAAGGAUAUACCUCGUGUCUUAAGAUGAGGAUGUUGAUGUUUUUGUCAAAGUACAAAGAUGGAACAAGACAUCCAGUAGGGGGGGGGGGGGGGGGGGGGGGUGUACCCAGUCUUUAUUUACAAUAAUUGUGGCACCAAUCUACUGUAUCUCCAUUUCAGGACUAGAGCAGUUCAAUUGACUGGCUAAGAUGGAGAGCUCUCUGCCUUGGUGGAGUGCAUGAAUGAGUUUGUUGUGGAUGCUUCUGUUUAGAUUGGCACUUUAUAGUUCGCCUGACUACUGUCUGGUACCGAGACUAACCUUUUAGUAGGAGGUUGUAACCAAGUCAACUAGAUUUCUCCAUUAACCUUUCUGUGCGCUUCACUCAUGACCAUCUAUUCAACAUUGCGGGAAGGUUGCAUGUUGGUUUGGGAGUUUCCUCUGUGGGCCCCUCAGAACAGGACCAGAAGCCCAGGAGAAACCUUGCCGACUGCAUGCUGGGAAAGUAGUCCUCCUCCACUGUUGUAAAAGCAUGUUUUGUUUUCUUUGAAGAAUUUUAUAUUUUCUGGAGCUCUAUAUUGUAAGACUUUUUAACCACCUAAAUAAAAAUAAAUACUAUUUGCAUUGUG